AUGGAAUUCAAAGGAAACAUGAAGCUCAUCACCAACCAAUUCGAUAAAGUAGAAUACGGUUUUCAUGAUGAAUACUCCCAAGAUCCACGCAUGGCUCAACACGAUUCAGAAUGGAACGGACGAAGCGCGCAAAGCCCUAAACACGAUGGACGGCAACUAUUAUCUCGUUCUGGACCCGCUGAAUGCUUAUUAUCGGCGAAUGAUCUAUCAAGAAGUGGAGUCUGGCUACGGCAAUCUUCUCUCCGUCGUGAAGCUGGACAUGGACAACAUGGUCGAUGUGGUCGGGAGAUGUCAUGUAGGAUCCGAAGAGAAAUCUCCGACGCCUGCGCGUGA